CACUGCCACAGUCGUUCUACCGAUCAGUGGGAGGAUCCUAUGUUUGUCUGCCCCGUUACUUAGCACCCUCUUUGUAAUUUACCGAUUACUGCAGCAAGGGUGUCACGGUCCGGAGGAGAAGCAAGUCGGGACUAAAAUCUAAUCAGGCGGCUGACUGAAGCGAUGGCGGCCAUUCGGAAGAAGCUGGUGAUCGUGGGGGACGGAGCGUGUGGGAAGACCUGUCUGCUCAUCGUCUUCAGUAAAGACCAGUUCCCAGAGGUCUACGUGCCCACCGUGUUCGAGAACUACAUCGCCGACAUCGAGGUCGACGGAAAACAGGUGGAGCUGGCACUGUGGGACACAGCAGGCCAGGAGGACUACGACAGGCUGAGGCCUCUGUCCUACCCUGACACAGAUGUCAUCCUCAUGUGCUUCUCCAUCGACAGCCCUGACAGCUUAGAGAACAUUCCGGAGAAGUGGACUCCUGAGGUGAAGCACUUCUGUCCCAACGUUCCCAUCAUCCUGGUGGGCAACAAGAAGGACCUGAGGAACGAUGAGCACACCAGGAGAGAGCUGGCCAAGAUGAAGCAGGAGCCAGUGAAGCCUGAGGAGGGCAGGGACAUGGCCAACCGCAUCAGUGCCUUCGGCUACCUGGAGUGCUCCGCCAAGACCAAGGACGGCGUGCGUGAGGUGUUUGAGAUGGCCACAAGGGCGGCACUGCAGGUCCGCAAGCGCAAGAAGAGAUCUGGCUGUCUGCUGCUAUGAGCUGUCAGCACAGCUCAUAAACAACAACAUCAACAACAUCAUCAACAACAACAACACACAAGAGUGACUGAGCAGUACCAGACAGCUUCGUACUGUAUGACGUAUCUCACAUUUUACGCCAAGCGGAUGAACGUGCUGAAUCCUGGAAGGAACAGUGGGAGGUUGGGUUUUAGGAUGACGCAGGUUCAAAAUGGCUGUUUCAACUGCUUGUGUUUAGCUUGUUUCCUUCAAUGACACAAUCUGUUCUUUUCCUGACGAUUUUCCUGUCUGGUUUUUCCUCCACUGAGGAGAGUUUGUGUUUGUCUGCAACGUUAGCUUGUUUUUCCCAAAGACAGUUUUCCCCCUUUAAUCUUUGGUUGAAUCUUUCUGAAUGACACCGUGUUCCGGGGCGUGAUCCAGGAAACCAGACUAGUUGAGGUGAAGGGGCUCCUGUUUCAUGCUAGAUGACCACCAUUAAGGCCAGAGCCUUCUCUCCUCUUCAGAGCCAGUGCUCCUGACAUCUCUGUAAGGCUCCUAGGCUCCCUCUGGUAGGACAAACGCUGUGGACCUCACCUCACACACACUGCUGAAAUCUCUGAGUAACACACUUUAGUGUUAAACCUCUGGCUUUGUUCUUGGUUAGCACAUUAUAGCAUUUAUUAAAAGGUUAGUCCACACCCCGAACACGACAGCGGCAUUGUGAUGCCUCAGACGCUUAUAAGCAGAGGGCCGUGCUACACUCAAACUGUACACUAGUACCAGCCUCCUGGGCCUGAGAACAGACAGACAGGCCCGUCCAGACAGACGGGCCCGUCCAGACAGACGGGCCCGUCCAGACAGACGGGGCCGUCCAGACAGACGGGGCCGUCCAGACAGAUGGGGCCGUCCAGACAGAUGGGGCCGUCCAGACAGACGGGGCCGUCCAGACAAACAGGCCCAUCCAGACAGACAGGCCCGUCCAGACAGACAGGGCCUUCCAGACAGACAGGCCCGUCCAGACAGACAGGGCCUUCCAGACAGACAGGGCCGUCCAGACCGCCCCUCACUACAUGACUCACCUCUGCACGCAGGCUGGGGGCCAGGGAGGAGACGUGUUCAAAGUGAUGUCACAUGGCCAAUUGAUCUUUUCUGGGAAACCAUCCCUGUUUGUUUGUGUGUGCAGGUUUCUGUUGAGUGUGCUUCUGCCCCUCUCUCCUAGAGUGACAACUUUCUUUUGUGUUCUAGAAUGAGAAUCUGUUUUUAGAAUGAGAACCACACGUGUUUCUGCUGUUGUUUCUGUUGUUGUUGUUGUUUUAAUGAGGACUUCAAGUGUGUUAAAACUAUAACCUAUGUUAGUGUUCUUGAAUGCAGGUGUGGGUGUAGAGUACUAGAAUGUUAACCGACCUGUUCUAGAAGGAGAAUGUCUUUGUGUGGUAUCUCGGUUGCCACGGUUACAUCAUUGUGGCACUGGGUGGCCAUGUUGGAGCUGAUCCUUGGUUCUAGAUCCUGGGUUCUAGUUCCCAGAUCCUGGGUUCUAGGUCCUGGGUUCUAGGUCCAGGGUCCAGGUCUGACUGCAUUCCAGAACAGGAACGACUGGAGAGUUUGUAAGGAUUUGUUAGUCUUCUUCCAGUGCCUUCUCUUACCAAGCCAGACGUGUGCCUUUGGCGUUCCCGUGGAGACAAGGGGCUGGUGGUGUUAGGGAGGGGGGGGGGGGCGACCUGAUGACACAGUCCCAUCAGACACCUCACAUGGCCCGCAGGCCAUGUCCUGCUUUAGGGUCAGGGUUACUAGGGUCAGGGUUACUAGGGUCAGGGUUACUAGGGUCAGGGUUACUAGGGUCAGGGUCACUAGGGUCAGGGUCAGGGUUACUAACGGGCUGAGACACCAGGACAGCGACAGGCUCUGGCCUCUAGGGGGCCUCUCAACACAGAGGUUCUGACAGUACUGGGCUUAGUAUUGCACAAAUGUUACGUUAUCAUUUAAACUGUCAGUUGAGCACAAAAUGUAGGAGCUAGUUUGUCGGCUGGUUUUGGCUCUGAGAGUUGUCUAGCAACUUAUACUCUUGAUAAGGAAUCUCUCCUGCUUUAGUUUUACGACCACGUGGACCAAGGCAAUUAAAGGACCAGACCUAGGCCUAGACUUGUAGGCGAUGUAUCUCUCUCUAUCCCCCUCUCUCUUCUCUACUCUCCCUCCCUCUACUCUCUCUCUCAUUAAAACCCAGCAUCUUAGAGGGCCUCCAGGUCUGAGUUGGUGACCAGGGGCAGCUAGCGCGGACGUAGACAUGACAACACUUCAACUGUGUUCAUUCCUAUCUGAGUUACGAUGUUAAGCAGCUUAAAUCCCAGAGAGCCUAUUUGUUAGAAUUCAUCAAAGCGCUUCUCAUAAUCCUGUGUGUCUGAUCCUCCCAUCCCUGGCUCUCAGUCCCAACAUGGCCGCCGCUUCAUGGCGUGUUGGUCAGACUUGGCGGGGUCACCUGCUGUGUGACGCUGGAUGAGUCAGGGGAAGAGCAGUGGGUAGAUGGGCAGAAGCACCUCUGAGAUCAAUACAGAAAAGGACACGACGCGUCGACUGACAGACUGACCUUAACCGCAAGCUCAUUUACUUCAAAAUUUACAAAGGCUCUUGGGCGCUCAAUCGACGUGUGUGACACGUGAAAUAGUGAUCCGAGGUUGUGGCGAUGUUGACAAAUUCCAUUCUUCAGUUUCGUGUGUUAACCACUUUGAAGAAGAGAACAGUGGCUCCCCCUGCUGGCUGACAGACAAACUGCAACAGAACAGCAUUGGACUGCUUUUGGUUGGGCUUAAGUUGAUGAUUGUCCACACAGAGAAGGAGAAUUGCAGUUCAAGUUAAUGAUAAAUUGUGGAUAUAUUAAAGCACAACGUCACAAAAAGCGUAACUAAACUAUGCAUAUAACUGUCACUGUCCCUAACAAGCACACCUGAAAACUGCAACUGCUUAGUAACCACGGGGAUUAUCUUCUACGUUUGUGUAUAGCAUAAUGGUCACAAACUGCAGCAUCAUGCCAGUGUGAAUGCCAAGGGUUUGUUAUGAAGGCAGAGAAGGAGAAGAUGUUGUGAGAGCACCCAGACUGAGAGCAGCAUGAUGCUGGGUCAGUCUGAUCACAGAAGGUUUCACCUGGACUCCGCGCUAUGUAUGCUAACUACGCUAACGCUAACCUUAUCUUUAUAAUGCUGCAUGAGCAACCCUGGUUUCUACAACACAAACUCUCUCUCUCUCACACACACACACACACUCCUACAGUUAACCACAGUCACUCACCCUUACACACAAACACUCACUCACACUGUACAUCACACGCGCACUAACACACAUAACUUCGGGAACCCGUUUAUGCUCUGUGUAGGUGUAACAUCUCUUUUCUGAAAGUAUUUAAGAUGAUAAAGUAUAUCAAUCCAGAUUCAUAGUAAAGCUCAUUGUAAGACGGCUUUUUAAACUUACAGUGUUGUAUUGAAAGUUUUAAGUGAACAUGAACAAUGUUAAUAAACUAUUUAAGAAUAACCA